CCCUCUCUCUUCUCUGCGUCUGAAUACGGGGAACCUUAGCCAGAGUUCAGGAUUCCCCAGUGUAGGAGCCAAGAGAGACCUUCUUCAGCUGGCCUAAGAACACACGUCUCCACCCCGGUUCUGUCCCUCUGUUCACGGGACAAUGAAUAAGAAGACCACCCUGGUGCUCCUUGCUCUGGCUGUCAUCGCUAUCUUUGUCUUGGUGUGUGUUUUGCUAGCUGGCAGGGGUGGAGAUGGGGGUGAACCCAGCCUGCCUCCCCGCUGCCCCUUUGUACCUCCCAGUGCCCAGCCCUGGACACACCCAGGCCAGAGCCAGCUGUUUGCAGACCUGGGCCAAGAGGAGCUGAUGGCUGUGAUGAGCUUUCUGACCCAGCAGCUGGGCCCCGGCCUGGUGGAUGCAGCCCAGGCCCGCCCCUCGGACAACUGUGUCUUCUCGGUGGAACUGCAGCUGCCCCCCAAGGCUGCAGCCCUGGCCCAUCUGGACAGGGGGAGACCCCCACCCGCCCGGGAGGCACUGGCCAUCAUCUUAUUUGGUGGACAAGCCCAGCCCAACGUGAGUGAGCUGGUGGUGGGGCCGCUGCCACACCCCACCUACAUGCGGGAUGUGACCCUGGAGCGUCACGGGGGCCCCCUGCUCUAUCACCGACGCCCCAUGCGGCUCCGAGAGUACCUGGACAUAGACCAGAUGAUUUUCCGUAGAGAGCUGCCUCAGGUUGCUGGGCUUCUGCACCACUGUUGCUUCUACAAACGCCAAGGAGGCAACCUGGUGAUGAUGAUCACAGCGCCCCCUGGCUUGCAGUCAGGGGACCGGGCUACCUGGCUGGGCCUCUACUACAACAUCUCAGGGGCUGGGAUUUAUCUGCACCCCGUGGGGCUGGAGCUGCUGGUUGACCACAAGGCCCUGGACCCUGCCCACUGGACCAUCCAGAAGGUGUUCUUUCAAGGCCGCUACUAUGAGAGUCUGGCCCAGCUGGAGGACCAGUUUGAGGCCGGCCUGGUGAAUGUGCUGCUGAUCCCAGACAAUGGCACGGGUGGGUCCUGGUCGCUGAAGUCCCACGUUCCCCGGGGUCCGGCUCCCCCACUGCAGUUCUAUCCCCAGGGCCCCCGCUUCAGUGUCCAGGGAAGCCGAGUGGCCUCUUCACUGUGGACUUUCUCCUUUGGCCUCGGAGCUUUCAGUGGCCCGAGGGUCUUCGACAUCCGCUUCCAGGGGGAGAGAAUAGCUUAUGAAGUCAGCGUCCAGGAGGCCUUGACCGUCUAUGGCGGCAACUCCCCUGCGGCGAUGCUGACCCGCUACAUGGACGGCAGCUUUGGCUUGGGAAAGUACGCCACACCUCUGACCCGUGGGGUGGACUGUCCUUACCUGGCCACUUAUGUGGACUGGCACUUUCUUUUGGAGUCCCAGGCCCCCAAGACAAUACAUGAUGCCUUUUGCGUGUUUGAACAGAACCAGGGUCUCCCCCUGAGGCGACACCACUCAGAUUUCUACUCCCACUAUUUUGGGGGCCUUACAGAGACAAUGCUGGUCAUCAGAUCUGUGUCUACUCUGCUCAACUAUGACUAUGUGUGGGAUAUGGUCUUCCACCCCAGUGGGGCCCUAGAAGUCAGAUUCCAUGCUACGGGCUACAUCAGCUCAGCGUUCCUCUUUGGUGCUGCCCGGAAGUAUGGGAACCAGGUUGGGGAGCACACGCUGGGCACUGUCCACACCCACAGUGCCCACUUCAAGGUGGAUCUGGAUGUAGGAGGACUGGAGAACUGGGUCUGGGCUGAGGACAUGGCCUUUGUCCCCAUGGCGGUACCCUGGAGCCCCGAGCACCAGAUGCAGAGGCUGCAGGUGACCCGGAAGCUGCUGGAGACAGAGGAGCAGGCUGCCUUCCCCCUGGGAGGAGCCUCACCCCGCUACCUGUACCUGGCCAGCAACCACAGCAACAAGUGGGGCCACCCUCGGGGCUACCGCAUCCAGAUGCUCAGCUUUGCUGGGGAGCCGCUGCCUCAGAACAGCUCCAUGGAGAGCGCCUUCAGCUGGGGGAGGUACCAGCUGGCAGUGACCCAGCGGAAGGAGGAGGAGCCCAGCAGCACCAGCAUCUACAAUCAGUACGACCCUUGGGCCCCCACCGUGGACUUCACGGGCUUCAUCAACAACGAGACCAUUGCUGGAGAGGACUUGGUGGCCUGGGUGACCGCUGGUUUCCUGCACAUCCCACAUGCAGAGGACAUUCCCAACACAGUGACUGUGGGGAAUAGUGUGGGCUUCUUCCUCCGACCCUACAACUUCUUUGACCAGGACCCUUCCUUCGAUUCUGCUGACUCCAUCUACUUCCAGGGGGACCAGGAUGCUGGGGACUGUGAGGUCACCUCCCUGGCUUGCCUCCCCCAGGCUGCUUCCUGUGCCCCUGACGUCCCUGCCUUCUCCCACGGGGGCUUCUCUCACAACUAGCUGGCCCCUGGGAUGGGGAAGGUGGCCGGGGACCCCAGGGCCAGGGUGUGUGGGGAGGGGAGCAGCUUUGUUGACCUGUUGAACCAGAUCUGCUGGUUCCCAUCCCAGAGAGGAGACAAACGGCCAGCUGAGAGACUGGUGUGACACCAAGUUUUUCCCAGGAGACUUCUGUUUUGAAGGAGUUACAUUUUGGUUUUGGUUUUUUGUUUUCUGGCUUUCCCAAACCUUUUAAGCCAUCUCCAAGUCUCUUCUGGGCCUCCCCAGUCGCUUCCUUGGGAGGGGAGGGUGGGAGCUCUGCAAUGGGGAGAGUCCCUAGAGGGCCUAGGGCAGGGUCACUGCCAGGCCUCCACAUCCAGGGAUGGACUGGCAGGGGUUCCUUGCCCCACAUUCCCUCUCCUCCAAGUCCUCCUUCUCUCCCUCUUCCUUCCUCUUCCACAGGCCCUCACCUCCUCUUCCUACCUGUUCUUUGAUCCUGGCGUUUCUGUGCCAGCCCUGAGUGGAUGUUCCUGUGCCCUGAUGCUCCCCUAGCCCUCAUCUCUCAACUUGGUCUCCUUUCCUGCCUCUAGGCCGGUAGAAGUCUCAAAGUGCAAGGGACAUGGAAUCUGAGUGGAAAAAUCCCUGUCCGUUCCCUGCUGUCUGUCACAUAAGGGGAGCAGGAGGCAUCCGCAUCCCUGUCCGGGGCAGGGUGUGCUUCCCCACAGUUCUUUCUGUCCGGCUGUGUUCACCUGCCCUGCAUCCUCCGGUGGAGCGCAGCUAUAGCAACAGUAGCAGCUGAAGGCGCUUUUGGGUGGGUUUGUGGUGCCGGGGGACGCGCUGUGGUCACUGUGUGCUAGGCCCUGGGUGUGACCAGUGACCCCAUACUCUGCAGCAGUCAGCACAGGAGGCUGGGUGAGCGCCAAGGGUGAAAGCAGAAGGACCCAGGGUCCCCUUGCCACCAAGCUAGGCGCUGUCCAGUCCCGUGUGGGCAUACAAAUGAGCCAGGGCCCUCCGGGGGUCUGCACUGAGGGUGGGUAUGCAAACAGCGGGGCUUUGGAAACUACACAGACGUCCUUCCCGAGAGCGUUGUGUUAUAGAGCCUGCCAAUGCAGAAUUAUGCAACUAUGAAAAUAAUUAUAUCUCUUUUUAUACAAUAAGGAAUAAUGUUCCAGUGAAACAGGCAAAG